AUGGCUCAUCAAGAUUCCUUCAUUCCUAUAAUGCCUCAUCAAGAUUCCCUUGUUUGCAAAAAGGUUUUUGCAGAAAGAAAAUGCAAGGUAAAAUCGAAAGAGAGAGCCGCAUGGGAGCUAAAGGCAAAGAAGCAACCGGAUGCAAGCAAGGACACAACACAAAGGAGAGAAAAGAGAGAGCGGUAUUACAGUAUUCCUAAUAGCUUCGUAACUCCCAUAAACAGCACCAACAGCGCCACCAACGGCAACGCCAGUGGUGACUCGAGCCAAGCAGCUAUUUUCCUAGUUCCUAGGAUCUCUUAUAAUAGUAUCAAUGCCUCAUCCUCUUUUGGAACGAUGUCAAUGCCUCAUCAAAAUUUCCCAACAUCUCUUAUAACAGUUUCAAGAUUUCAUAGCAUAUCUUGUAAGAGUGUCGAUGCCUCGUCAAGAUUUUCAUUAAGAUUUCCCGAAUCUCUUGUAACAUUGUCAAUGUCCCAUAUCACAAUAUCGUUGCCUAACAAUGCCAAUGCCUCGUCAAGAUUCGUUAACAUCUCUUCUUGUAAGAAUAACAAUGCCUCUUCUUCUAAGAAUGACAAUGCAUAA